AUGAAAGUUUCUGGCUUUUGUGUUUUGCUCUUGGUUGCAGGGACAGCUUUGACCUUCUUUAACUUGUUGAGUCCCACCGGUGCUUCCUGGUUUCCUGAUUUGGUUGCUACCAACUGUGGUGACAAAACAACGCUAAUUCCAGUAAGCAGGAAACUGAAGGAAAAUGGCAGUAGUAUUAGAAGCAAUAUUAAGAAGAAGGGUAAUAUAGGUGAAGUGACUCUGAAUGAUUACAAUCCCAUUGAUCCAGUACCAAGUUCAUCAAAGGCUGCUGUGAAUCCAGGCCCUAUUGAGCAUGGAACUCCUACUAAUCCAUAUGUUAUUCCAAAACCUCCUCCUCCUAGUCAUCCCAGGCCUGGAGAUUAUAAUUAA